UUCUUUGAACCGUUCGCAGCGCCAUUGUGCGGCGUUCACAAGAAUAUUCCUUGUGACGCAAUAGGAACUCGUCCUUUCCGUCGACCUACCGUGAGUGGAACAUGUCGCAUACAUCUGAACGAAGGAACGAUGAACAAUGGUCAGGAGACUCCAAAAAUGGACCCAGCGAAAGUGAACCACCUGCAUAUAAUGGGCCUCCAGGCAUGGAGCCCGAUGGGAUCAUUGAAUCUAACUGGGAAGUUGUUGUGGACAAUUUCGAUGAAAUGAACCUUAAAGAAGAACUUUUGCGUGGUAUUUAUGCUUAUGGCUUUGAAAAACCAUCCGCUAUACAACAACGUGCCAUCCUACCAUGUAUUAGGGGACACGAUGUUAUUGCUCAAGCCCAGUCAGGAACUGGAAAAACUGCUACGUUCUCUAUAUCUAUUCUUCAACAAAUCGAUACAAAUAUUAAAGAGUGUCAGGCAUUGAUAUUGGCUCCAACUCGAGAACUUGCACAACAAAUUCAAAAAGUUGUUAUCGCUUUGGGAGAUUUUAUGCAUGCAGAAUGUCACGCAUGUAUUGGCGGCACCAAUGUACGCGAAGAUAUGAGAAAAUUGGAUCAAGGCGUUCAUGUAGUCGUCGGUACACCAGGCAGAGUUUAUGAUAUGAUCAGUCGACGAGCAUUGAGGGCUGGUAGCAUUAAACUGUUUGUUCUGGAUGAAGCAGAUGAGAUGCUCUCGCGUGGUUUUAAAGAUCAAAUUCAUGAUGUAUUCAAGUUAUUACCCCAAGAAGUGCAGGUUAUAUUAUUAUCUGCUACAAUGCCAGCAGAUGUAUUGGAUGUAUCCAAAUGUUUUAUGCGAAAUCCAGUUCGAAUCUUGGUGAAGAAAGAAGAAUUGACGUUGGAGGGUAUUAAACAAUUCUUCGUUUUCGUUGAACGUGAAGAAUGGAAAUUGGAGACCUUAUGUGAUCUAUACGAUACACUGAGUAUUACUCAGGCUGUUAUCUUUUGUAACACACGACGUAAGGUCGAUUGGUUGACGGAUAAUAUGCAUCACCGUGAUUUUACGGUUUCUGCGAUGCAUGGAGAUAUGGAUCAAAAAGAAAGAGAUCUUAUUAUGAGACAGUUUCGAACUGGUUCAUCUCGUGUUCUUAUUACAACUGAUUUAUUGGCACGUGGUAUCGACGUACAACAAGUGUCUCUUGUAAUCAACUAUGAUUUACCUUCCAAUAGAGAAAAUUACAUUCACAGAAUUGGUCGCGGUGGUCGUUUCGGCCGUAAAGGAGUAGCCGUUAAUUUCGUUACAGAGGACGAUAAGCGAACUCUGAAAGAUAUAGAGCAAUUCUACAACACCCACAUAGAUGAGAUGCCAUUGAACGUCGCUGACUUAAUCUAAGCACGUCCAUUGGCUAAAAAUCAUUAUAAUACGAAAAAAAAAUAAAAAGUAAGUGAAAAUAAGGAGCUCUCAUCUGAUCUCUCAUGGUGUGUGAGUAUACACAGAGUGAGUUGGUGAACUGUAUUGCUUAUGUAAACGUGAUUUACCAAAAUAUUCUGAGGUUGUCAUCUUAAUUUCAUUUGAUAAUAGCAGAUUAUGAGAAUAGGUAUACAAGAAUAAUUAUCUAUUGUACUAAGAAUACUAUUAGUAUACCAUUUUAAUACUAUUAUUACUGCCAUUAAACAAUUACACCCUAUACACUAUCACUACUCCAACGCCAUUACCACAUCCCAUUAUUACCAACACACUACAUUAUUCCAGUCACACUACAAAACUAACACUAAACACUACCAACACUACCAUUCACCGCUAUAUACCCAUUACGCUCAUUACCAUUAUCAUUACUAUUAUAUUACUACUACUACUACUAUACUACUACUACUACGACUGUUACUACUACUACUAUUGCUAUUUCUCUGCUACUAUUACUACUGUUUUAACUCUGCUACUCUCUGCUGCUAUUACUACUCUAUUACUACUACUACCACUACUACUACUACUACUACUACUACUACUACUACUACUACUACUAUACCAAAAGCAGUACUAUCGCUAUCACUCUACGAAAACUUAAUUUUUCGACUGUUAUAACUUUUACUAUACUAGUAUUCAUAUUACGUUAAUGGUAUUACUUAAAAUACCUAUCAUCACUAUAGAGCGACAGGCACGAUGUGCUUGCAUUUUACAUAUCAUUGUGACAGGUCAAGAUUUUGCAUUAUUCAAAUGCAUCCAUGGACUUAUUGCACCAUAGUUCUGAUCAUUGUCAAUAUUUUUAAGUUUCUUCUAAAGAUUUUUAUCUCGUCCGUCUCUAAUCGAGCAUUUUCUACCUGUAAAGUUCAUUCCGUCGUCGACGGUCUUUCAUCGAUGCUUCGAUCACCGCGAUUACAACUUGUUUGUUUAAGUAGAGGUUUAGUUGGGUAUUGGAAGGGGUAUUUUAAUCACAAGCGUUGUCGCAGGAGAUGUAAAUUCAAAAGUUUAGAUGGUAUGAAUUUUUGUAUAUCCAAAUAAACCCAGGUGCAUACUACAUAUACAAUAAAAUGUUUGACCUUUUAA